GGCUGGCGCAAAUACGCCCAUCAAUUCCGCAACCACCCGGCAUCUCAUUUGGUCUCCUUCGCCCUCCUGCACGAACUAACCGCAGUCAUCCCACUGCCCUUGAUCUACUUCCUCCUUUCAACCACCGAACUACCGAUCCCUUUCCCCGACGAUAUCCUCGCGGACGGGAACCGACGGAUGGGCAAGAUGCUAAAGUAUUUUGGGGUCGGGGAAGGGAUCAGGGAGGACAGCAAGGCGAUGCUGUAUAUGGCGACGAGUUACGCGGUGGUCAAGGCUGCGAUGCCGUUGAGGAUUGGGCUGUGUUUUGUCUUGACGCCGUGGUUUGCGAGG